AUGGGUCUUUUUCAAUAUAAAGUGAAAUCAAGUAUUAAAGAACACAUUAAAGGCAUAUUCAAUCGUAACUCGAAACCUCGGAACGAAAACGUAAUGUCAAACUUCUCGAAGGACGCAAGUCAAGUUAAUUCUUUGGAAUUAAACAGUCAAAAGAAUACUGGAAGACAUUAUGGAAAUCGCAUUCAUUAUUUGAUAUCUAAGGGAAGGCAUGAAUCAAAUCAGAGUAAUGGAAAUAUCGUCAAGCAUGUUGAAAAAGCUCCAGAAUUCGGAGAUUCAAAGGUUAAUUCACAUCCUCACAAAUCCAAUUUUCCUCCAACUAAUCGUUCAACAGUUGAUUUGGAUAGUAGGAAUAGUUCAACAGUAUCUCAUAACGGCAGUAUUAGCUACUCUAAGGAUAAUCACCAGACGUAUAGUCACUGUAGGCAGUCUACUGGAAAGUACACUCGUGGUGUCCGAAAGAGAUCUGCGAGUCGCAAGUCAGUCGGUUCAGUCGAUAAAUACAAUGAGAAAUCUGAGAGUCAUCAUAGCAAAUCGAGACAAUACGCCAGUGAGCCCUUAAGAAAGCCCAUUUUUCCAAACCAAAAUCGUAUUUUUCCUCAAAAUACUGUUAAGAAAAACGGUAGGAUGAAUUCCUAUCAUAGCGUACGAAGGAACUUGAAUUCCAGCUCAAAGCCAAAAGGAUCUAACUUCCACGGAUCCAGAGGUUCAAAAUCGCGGAGUGAUUACCACAAUGAAAGUAGUAAUCCAAAUGAAAAGCCAUAUUGGAGCAGUACAUCGUUUUCAUCAGACGUUUCCAUAGAGCAGUGGAAAAGGAAAAAUAAAAAUGACGAUCACAAAAGCAAUUCAAAAGGCCGCACUUGGAUGUUCAAACCUAAAAACAAAACGCAACUCUCAGCACAUAAGAAGAAUUCUAAUCCGCAAUAUAAUAAUAAGUCUAAAGAAGAGAGAACAACUAAUAAGCAGACGUUCAAAAUAUCCACUAAAUUCCACAACAAGCGUUAUGAAACGAAAAUAGAUUACUCAACUAGAUCGAUAAGAAACAGUUCCUUUACUGGUGUUGAGAGUAGACGUAACACAGGAGCAAAAUUGGAGCUCACAAAGGCACCUAUGAAGCAUGCUCAAGGUCAGAACAAAACGUUGCUCACAAACACUCUCUGCCCCCAAAAGCGGCACGAAAUUUUAUCUUCUAAUAAACCAUGCGUUUGCAUGAAGGUUGAAAAAAUGAAAGCACUUCAGGGAGGACCCGUGUACUAUGAAUGGCAUAAGGUGGAAGUCAAGGCUGUUGAUGAGAAGAUUAUUAAAAAGCUGGAGACUUCACCAUCAUUGGAUGAGUUCGAACUAAUGUGCCCAACUAAAGUGAGCACUGGGGGUCAAGGAACAGUGGCAUGGGUUCAUUUACCUAGAACAACUAAGCAGUACGCCUUAAAGUUUAAACUUCGACAAGACAAAAAUGAUAAGACUUGGUUUAUUGAACGUCGAGAGGCAAAACUCUUGCAGAAAAUCAAACAUUCAUUCAUUGUUGAUACAUAUCAUAUCUACGAAACAGACUCGGCUCUAUUUAUGGCAUUUGAAUAUCUGAGCGGCGGAUGUUUGUGGCACCACAUUGCAAGAAUCGGUGUACUUCCGGAGGGCUAUGCUGCCUAUUAUGCCGCCUGUAUCCUCACAGCUUUGUCAUAUCUCCACGAGAGAGGUAUUGUUUACAGAGAUAUGAAAGCAGAAAACAUAGUUUUGGACUAUCAACAUCGGCCAAAGCUCAUUGAUUUUGGAAUGUCCAAAUACUUUCCAUCGGUAAAGCGAGAGAUGCGCAUGAAUGAAUCGGGGGAGAAUAAGGAGCCAUUUGAAUCUCCAAUCGGAAAGGAGGUUUUACAUGUAACAAAUAGCUACUGGGCGUCUCCCGAUAUUGAUUCAGACGAUGAAGAGGAUGAUCCACCCACUAGGUACUACUAUGCAGCCUACUUGGCUCCAGAGAUUUACGAAAUACCAACGGAGUCAAAUCAGUUUAUCGAUUCAUGGGGUCUUGGAUAUUUGCUUCUAGAAAUGGUUCUUGGUUAUGGAAUAUUUCGACCAAUUCCUUGGGCAAAUGUUAAAGGUCAGCAUCUGAGUCAAGAAUGGAAGCUUUAUUUACCAUCUGAUUUACUUAAGAAGUUGACUCCAAAAUGUCGUAGUCUGAUCUUUAAGAUGCUCAUCCGUCAUCCCCAAUCUCGCCUUAGUUUGAAGGCAGCAAUGAGACAUUCCUUCUUCUGUCGAAUUCCUUGGACCAAUCUUCAUGCCUUUGCUGGACCGAAUCUUUCAAAAUUUCAAAAUCCCGCAGAAUUCCACAAGCAUCACUCCAAAAUCCUCUCUUACAGUAUUGAUCAGAGAUCCAAAUUUUUCCCGGCAAGAAAAUCUCUGAACCCCCAUCCAAUAUAUCGGAUGUUUUACAAUCACAGAGGGCAGAACAGAAGGAAUUCUAGUGAGGUUACAUCACAUAAAACUAAUACCGGAAAAACGAGUGAAGAAGCGGUUUCCACUCAUAAAAUCGCUGGCAGUAGAAGAGUUGAUAAACCACGAGGUGAUCGGGUGUGCUAUCUGGAAAAUAAUACCAAUUGCCUAAGACAGGCCAGAAAUCCCUAA